CUGGAGUCCUUAAGUAUGGCAUGGAUACCAGUAAUGAAUGUAUCUGUAUCAGCACCCAUUAAUGAUCCUGUUGCUGUUAUGAAUACUUACCGCUCAUAUGUAUCAAUGCUCAAAGUUCCUGUUGCAAAAAAUGAAAGUAAAUUAAAAGCUUUGCCAGAAUUGAGUGGAGAGCUUGAAACUAUUGUUAGUGAUCCACAAUAUCCUUCAUUUUUGGAUCAGGCUAUAAAAAUUUUCAUCAGAAUUUUAGGAGAUGAAGAACCACAGUUCAUUGCUGAAAAAACCACCCAUAUUAAUUUAAUCCCAAUAGCUACUAUGUCCUUAAAAGCACUGGCAGAGCUACCUAUAAUUGUUGUCUUGAUGUACCAGCUAUAUAAAAUGAGUGUUCAUAAAGAUGUCGAAGAAUUUGUGCCAUUGAUAAUGACAACUAAUACUUUACAACCCACAGCUCAACAGAGGAGCAAUCCAUCUCUCAACAAAGAAGUUUAUGUUGACUUUAUGCCUGCACAGAUAAAAACAUUAUCUUUUCUGGCUUACCUAGUUAGAAUAUAUCAAUUCUGCUAUGAAGGUUCAUUAAAAUGGAACUGUAAAGAAACUGUUACAUAAAAUUUAAAAAAUGUCAUAAGGAAUACUGAAAUCUGAGUUUACAAAGAACAGUUUUUAAAAUAAAGUUUACAUUUAUAGUAUGAUAUACUUUUUAUAUGUUUGCAUUUUGAAUGAACUGUAAUAUAAUGCAAUAAAAAUAAACUGGGAAAUUAAUUACUCUUCGAGUUCAUUUCUUUACAAUGUUUGAAAACAUAUUAAAAAAAAAACAUUUUUUUACUCUUUGCAUAUGGAUAUUUAAUAUGGUAUUCUAUAUUUAUAAUACUUUAAUAUUCUAUACCGUUAUGUUAACCUUUGUAUAUUCAGAUAAACUCAAUCUUAAAUUAUAAUUUAUAAGAUAUACGUGUUCAUGUCUGGAAUUGAGUGUGUAUGCGAUUUAUAAACAAAAAAUGUUCCUGAAAACUU